AUGGAGGAUAUUUGCCCGGUCAAUGGCCAUCGUUCUGGACGUAACAGUGGACAGACGCUGGGGUGGACUGGUCUAGUUCGAGUCGAUGGGAACACGUUCGUUUGGAUGGGUGCGCCGGACGGCUACAACGAUCUGGCUAAUCAAACGUCAUACGAGUAUACGUCGGCCAGGAGUAUCUUUACCCUUACUGCCGACGACAAGAUUCAACUCAAGGUCACGUUCUUGUCGCCAAUUACUCCCAACGACUACAAGCGUCAAUCACUGAUUUUCUCCUACAUGGACGUCGAGGUUUCGUCCCUCGACAAUUCCGAACAUGAUGUGCAGAUCUACACUGACAUCAGCGCUGAAUGGGUGUCUGGGGAUCUCACUGCAGUAGCUGAAUGGGGCUUUGGUACUACGUCGGAUGGCGUCAACUACCACAAGGUCUGGAAGCAAGACCAACAAGUCUUCAACGAGCACAACGACCAAGCACAAUGGGGUAACUGGUAUUAUUCCACUAAAGCAGUGGAAGGUCUUACACACAAGUCGGGCGCGGACUCUGAAGUCCGCGAUGCCUUUGACAACGACGGAAGACUUGACAAUGCGGAAGACCCAGAGUUCCGACCCAUUAACACCGGCUGGCCUGUGUUUGGAUACGCCCUAGCUAUGGGUUCCGUUGGUUCAGACGUGAAGUCACAGUUAUUCACGAUUGGUCUAUGUCAGGACGACGCCAUUCAGUUUCUGGGUGCGGACGGCCUUGUGAUUCUACCAUCAUUAUGGAGGGAUUAUUUUGGAGAUGAUAUCUCUGCGUUGUCUUUCUUCUACAACGAUUACAACGAGUCUAGCGAACUCUCCACUGAACUCGAUGAUAAGAUUUCGAAGGAUUCCAAGACGAUAGCAGGAGAUGAUUAUGCCGUACUUACCACACUGGCUGCUCGCCAGGCAUUCGGGGCUACUCAACUCGUUGGAACUGAGAAGAAGCACUACUUGUUCCUCAAGGAAAUCUCGUCUAACGGCAAUACUCAGACCAUCGACGUCGUAUAUCCCGCUUCUCCAAUCUUCUUCUAUACCAACCCCGAGUUGGUCAAGUUGAUGCUCGAUCCACACUUUGAGAACCAGGAAAGUGGGCACUACCCAAAGAAAUCCGCUAUCCACGAUUUGGGAACGCACUAUCCCAAUGCUACUGGACAUCCAGACGGUGCUGAUGAGCCUAUGCCACUAGAGGAAUGCGGUAACAAUGUGAUCAUGAUGCUCGCGUACGUUCAGCUAUCCGCCGAUUCCGACUACAUCAAGGAACACUACCCCAUCCUCAAACAGUGGGCUCAAUACCUCGUCGAUGACAGUCUCUACCCAGCCCUGCAGCUGUCCACCGACGAUUUCGCUGGUAAUCUGCCUAAUCAAACCAAUCUCGCACUAAAAGGCAUCAUCGGACUCGAAGCUAUGUCGCAACUAUCGCGCAUCGUCGGCGAAACCGAUGACGCAGAAAAUUAUACCGCCGUAGCCCACGAUUACAUCACCAAAUGGGUAGACCUGGGUAUGAACAAGAACGCCACUCCUCCGCACGCCAUCCUGAAUUACGGCAACGAGGACACCCAUGGCCUGUUGUACAACCUCUACAACGACCGCCUUCUGAAUCUCACUCUCGUUCCCCAGGAGAUCUACGACAGUCAAUCAGCCUUCUACCCGACCAUCAGCGAAAACUAUGGCGUUCCCCUUGAUACACGGCAUGGCUACACCAAGUCUGACUGGGAGGUCUUCUGCGCUGCCAUCGCGAGCCAAGAAACGCGCGACAUGUUCAUUGGGAAACUGGCGAAGUGGGUGCGCGAGACGACCAGUUCGCAUGCUUUUAGCGAUCUUUACGAGGCAGAUGAUGGAAAACAGCCGGAUGGAAUUGAUUUCAAGGCUAGGCCGGUUAUGGGUGGUAUGUUUGCGUUGCUCUUGCUUGAUUGGGAGGGGUAUAGUCCAAGGCAGAAAUUGUUGUAA